AUGUCUUAUGUAACUUUCUGCAUGAAACUUGUUGAUAUGCUCCUGUCAUUUGGAAUUAAGCCAAUUUUGGUGUUUGAUGGAUGCACCCUACCUUCUAAAAAGGAAGUGGAAAAGGCCCGUAGAGAGAAGCGUCAAGCCAAUCUUCUGAAGGGGAAACAGCUACUUCGUGAGGGAAAACUGUCAGAAGCUAGGGAAUGUUUUGGGCGCAGUGUCAAUGUUACCCAUGAUAUGGCUCGUGAAGUUAUUAAAGCUGCACGAGCCCAAGGAAUUGAUUGUAUUGUUGCUCCUUACGAAGCUGAUGCUCAGUUGGCUUAUCUUAAUAAGACUGGCAUGGUUCAAGCCAUAAUUACAGAAGAUUCUGAUCUUUUAGCUUUUGGAUGUAAAAAGGUGUUUCUGAAAAUUGACAAGUUUGGGAAUGGACUAGAAAUAGAUCAAUCUCGACUAGGAAACUGCAAGCAGCUUGGAAAUGUGUUUACAGAAGAGAAAUUCCGCUACAUGUGCAUUCUCUCUGGCUGUGACUACCUCCCAUCAAUUCAUGGAAUUGGGUUAGCUAAAGCAUGCAAGUUACUCAAGCUAGCUAACAACCCAGAUAUUAUAAAGGUUAUUAAGAAAAUGGGUCAGUACUUGAAGAUGAAUAUAACAGUAUCAGAAGAAUACAUAAAAGGUUUUACACGAGCUAAUAAUACGUUCCUUUAUCAGUUGGUUUUUGAUCCAAUCAACAGAAAACUAGUUCCUCUGAAUGCCUAUGAUGAUGAUAUUGAUCCAGAAACACUAAUUUAUGCAGGACG